AUGUGCCGCAAGAAAGAGGCCCUCAACGAGGAGCUGAUGCGCACGCGGCAGCGACUCGAACAGACGACAGAGACGAACAGCCGCCUCAAUCGUAACCUCGAGGAGAUGGUCAAGGAUGUGGAGGAGAAGCAGGUGGUGAUUGAUCUGCACGAAAAGGACUCACAUCGCCUCAACGAACUCCUGGCCGCCAUCCGCUCCGAGAAGGAGUCCCUCGAAUCGGUGCUCUUUGACACAAACACCUCGCUGGAGGCCACCGAAGAGAAGCGCAGCCAACUGGAACGUGAUCUCCAGGAGGCACUGGUCCGUGAGGAGUCGCUGAAGAACCAUGUGGCCCGCCUGCAGAAGGACCUGGAGAUGUGCCAGCGCAAGGCCCAGGAGACCAAGACGCAGCUCCUCAAUGCCGCCCGCGCCGCCGAGAGUGAUUUCAACCAGAAGAUCGCCAAUCUCCAGGCGGCCGGCGAAGACGCUGCCAAGCGACAUGGCGACGAGGUGCUACAGCUGCGCAAUGCACUCGAAAAGCGUAUGCAGCAGGCUCUGCAGGCCCUCCAGACCGCCAAGGACGAUGAGAUCGAGAAGCUGCAGGAGCGUCUUGCCACGCUCCAGGCGCAUAUCGAGAGCCUUGUCCAGCAGCAUGAAGAGGCCCUAAUCCGGGCCGAGAGCGAGAAGCAGCAGGCACUGCUCAUUGCCCAUCGCGACAAGCAGGCGGUGGCCGAGCGCCUGGAGACCGUCUCCCGGGAUCUGAAGACCGAACAGGAGUCCCUGGAUCGCAGCAAACGGGAGGCCAAUGCCCGCGACGAGAAGCAAAGGGCGGCCAUUGCCCAACUCAAAGAUGAGAUGGUACAAAUGCGCACCAGGGAUGAGGAGCACCAAAUCAAACUGGAGGAAUGCAUUCGCAAGCAAGAACUGCAGCUGUGCAGCAUUCGGGAAGAACGCGACACUCUGUGCCGCGUGAGCGAGGAGCUGAAGAUGGAGAUCCGGCUGAAGGAGGACAAGAUGGACGGCACCAAUAACGAACUGCAGGAUGCACUGCGCAAGACCAAAGAAGGCGAGGGCUUCAUAGACAGCUUGCGAAAGGAGUUGACGGACAGUCGCCGGCAGCUGGCGGACAGCAACAUUGAGCGGGACAAGUACUCCAACAGCAACAAGGAGCUGCGCGAUCAUGUGAAGCGCGUGGAGAGCGCCAAGCGGGAGCAGGCCCGCGCCAUUGAGGAGGCGUUGCAGAAGAUCAGCAGUCUGGAGGAUUCCAAGAACUCCCUAGAGAACGAACGCACUCGCUUGAGUACCAUUCUGAAGGAGACGGAGAAUCACUUCACCAAGACCACGCAGGAGCUGAAUGCCACGAAAGCGUCGCUGCAGAAGGCCCAGGUGGAGUUCGCCCAGAAGGACGAGGGUGGCAAGGAGCUGCAGUGCAAGCUGGUGGCCGAGGUGGAGCUGAAGGAGCGCGCCCAGCAGGAGCUGUGCCAGAUCAAAAAGCAGCUCUCCGAUCUGGAGGCGAACCUCUGCGCCACGCGCCAGGAGCUGGCCCGUGCCCGGUGCCACAGCAACCAGGAGGAGCACCGCUUCCAUGCCCGCGAACAGGAGGUGGCCCAGCGCAUGGAGGAGGCCCGCGGGCGGGAGAAGCGUCUCGAGGAUCAGAAGCACAAUCUGGAGGUCUGCCUGGCCGAUGCCACGCAGCAGAUCCAGGAGCUGAAGGCCCGUUUGGGCGGUGCUGAGGGCCGCAUCCGCGCCCUGGACGAGCAGCUCUCCUGCGUGGAGCUGCACAAGCGGGACACCGAGCAGAAGCUCUCAUCCGUGGUGCACACGCUCCGCCGGAUCGCCGGCAUCCAAGUGGACGGCAGUGUGAAUCUCUCGCAUCGCCUGCUCAGUCCUUCCAGGCGGUUCAGUCCAUCACGCAGUGUGGGCGACUACGAUGCCAGGAGCUCCUCCCAGUGCCCGGAUGCACCGAUCGAUGUGGAUCCAGACCUGGUGCGGAAGGGCGUGCGGAAUCUCAUGCAUCAGGUGGCCCAACAGGAGAGGGAGAAGGAUGACUACAAGUCACAGCUGGGGGCCGCCAAGAAGCAGCUCCAGGAUGCGGCCGAGCAGCAGCUGCGCUGCGAUGCGAAGCUAAGCAAACUCCAGGCCAUGCUCCGGAACCUGCAGGAGGAGAAGAGCAACCUGGAGACGGAGCGCAAGAUGAAGAUCUCAGCCAUCUAUGCCCUGGAGGAGAAGCUCAAGCAGCGCAGCGACGAGUGCCAGAUGCUGCGCGAGCGUUUGGCCCAAACGGAGAUGCAGCUGGCGGCCACAUCCGAGGAGAAUGGCCAGAACGAGGAGCGGCUGGAGAAGUGCCGCCAGCAGUGCUCCAAGCUGGACAACGAGAAGCGACAGCUGCAGGAAGAACUCGCCAAGGUUGAAGGACGCGCCAGCAAGCUGGAUCUCCAGCGGGUGGCCAUGGAGGGGGAUCUCACACGCCUGCAGAUGGCCCUCCAGGAGAAGGACUGCAGCAUUCGCCAGCUAUCCGAGCGACUGGAGAACCAGAACCGUGCCCUGACCCAGCUGGAGGAUCGCUGCACCUCUCUCAAGUCCACCGUGGAUCAGCUGAAGGAACGCCUCCAGAAGUCCGCCGUCAGCGAGACCCAACUCCGGGGCGAGAUCAAGACCCUGCAGAAGGAGCUCUCCGAGCAGGGACACUGCUCACAGGCCAACGAAGACAAGCUGAAGCUGCUUCAGAAAUCCCUACAGACCGCCGAGAAUGAGAAGCGCAUUCUCACCGAACGCCUGGACAGCUCCCAAACGAAUCUGAACGAGCUGCGACGCAGCCAGCAGGCGCAACUCGAUGGCAACCAGCGGCUGCAGGAUCAGGUCACCGAUCUGGAGGUCCAACGAUCGGCUCUCGAGUCGCAGCUGAGGAUUGCCAAGUGGAAUCAGGAGUCCGGCGGCGACAAGGGUCUGAGCAAUGGCAAUGGCAACGGCGCUGGCGGCGAGGAAGAGCUCAGCAGGCAGCUGAAAUCCUCCCAGAGGGAGAAGUCCGAGCUUCGUAGCAAACUGCAGACACUUCAGGAUAAAGUCAAGCAAUUGGAAUGCGAGCGAAAGAGCAAAUUCUCGGGCGGCAGUGCCUACGAUCGUGCAGAGAAAUCCAAUUCCUACUAUGGUGGUGGGGGUGGGCCCGCAGAUUCAGGGGAAUUCGACUCGAAUCGCUAUGAUGCGGGAGGCACAGGUGGAGCAGGUGGUGGCUCCUACAGCUGUGGUCUCGAUCACAGUGUGAUCGAGCAGGAGACCCGCGACCUGCGUCUCAAGGUGCGACGCCUGGAGACCCUGCUGGCAGAGAAGGAGUCCGAGUUGGCGCGGGUGAAGGCGCGCAUGAACGACAGCGCCAAGUGUAUGGAUGGCAUGGACACGGAGCGCUAUCGCAGUGCCCAAAUGCAUGCCGAAAAGGUGCUGGAUGUACGCGAGCAGUCCCACAGACAGCAAGUGCUGCGACUGGAGAAUCAGAUCUCGAUGCUGAGGGAACAGCUGGCGCAGGAGGCCAAGCGGCGGCAGCAGUAUGUGCUGCGCAGUUCGAAGGCGAAUCGGGAGAUGCAGCAUCUGCGUAGUACUCUGGGGGACUCUCUGCGCAAUGUCUCCCAGCAUCCAGUGGAUGCUCAUCUGCUGGAAAGCGAGAGCCGACGUCUCGAUUCGGCUGUUUCGAUGAGCCUACCUCCGUCGACCUGUCGGGAUUACGAUCGCGAUUAGAGAGGAUUUCCUUUAGGGUUGAACUUGAUCCCGCCAAGAUGGUGUACUGUAAUGCUCACUGCCAUUUGCAUUUACUUAGAGACGCUUCCUAGGAGUACCAAAACCAAAACCACAACCACAACCACAAACACCACCCCCCCAACCAUCCAUGCCCUAAGGGUGCUCUAGUCGCAUUUGUGUUGAAAAUCAUAAACCGCAUUUAGUACAAUUCUAGCUAUUGAUUGUCUGCCCCGAUAGACAAUCGAAUAUAGUGCGUCCCAUUUACCAUCCAAAUCGCAUUUUGGGCCGAUCCUACUAUCGUAUACACUCACAGGGUCACAAGUUCCGAUUCUCCCAG